UUUCGCCCUCAUGUAGCUCCACGUCUUCAUCUCUCUCUCUCUCUCAAUUCAUCCCUCCAAAUUUCGAGAAUCCCUGUGACCUACUAGUACUUUUUCGUUUUCCGUGUUCUCAAUUCAUCUAUGCCGGACCCCGGCGGUGAUGAUUCUACCAAUAAAGGUAAACGGAAGGUUAAUCUCGAUGAUUUAGAGCAUCAGGACCCCUUGCUGGUAUUCGGUUCUGAAAUUUUGACGAUAAUUCUCGCCAAGCUCGACUUGCGCAGCUUGGCGGAAGCUCGCCUCGUUUCUCUCGGCUGGAAACCGGUUGCUUCUUCCGAUAGAAUUUGGGGUUCCAAGGAUUUCUGUCUCAUAUAGACCGAGUCCAAAAUCUUUAAAUGCUUCUAUGAGUUGUGGAAAUCUACCAUCUCUGAAAUCGGGUAUUGCCAGCUAUGGGAAACUGACUGCCAAUGCAGAAUGGAGAGAAGAUGGAGAAGAUGGCUAGUUUCAGCUGUAUUGCAGAGAUAUAAGCAUGUUAUGCACUCAGAAGGGUGUCAAGAGUUAUGGUUGGAUAAGGCACAUAUACCACGUGUAUCAACGGUAGGAGGACUUUCAAAGAUGGUCGCUACAUUGCUCUCGAUCAGAGAUGGCAAACGAACUCGAAUCACUAGGGAUGACCUUUGUGACCAUGUUUGGGAAUUCCGCUUUACAGAGAUGGCGCCGGAGUACUGGCGGGAGCUGGAUCCGUCCUGGAGGGGCGAGGGCGGCCCCCCAAUGCGGCGGUACUUCCACCCCGACGGCAGCAUCACGGCUGACCCCGAGGACAAGGUGUGGGGCGGGCACGAGUCUUCGUACACGAUCGUGACCGGCGUCCUCGCAGACGGACAAGUGCGGGAGCACUACGUGAGGAUCAACAGGUGGCCUAAGAUGGUGGUGAAGCGCCACCCUGACUGGAGCUGGGAGCUACGCAACCACCUCUACUUUUACAGAAGCAUCCCAGAUAGGCACGGCCCUGCCUCCACCUCCCUCUCCUUCUCCUUCUCCGGUGGCUCUUUAUGACGUGUGGAUUGUGGAAUGUGGGAUUAGCUAUUUAUGGGAAAAAAAAAGUUGUUAUGCUGAGAGAGGUAGAAUUGGAGAUGGGGUUUCCUGAUUCGGAAGUCAAUAACGUAAAUUCGCUGCGUGUGUUUUGCUACUGUAUUUGUGAUGGUGGAAACCUAACCGCAAAGAGCCAGCACAACAAGGCGCCUACUGUUGCGAUACUAUUUGCCUACCAAGUCAAAAAUUAUUUAAAUUUUAACUGUCAAUUCUGUUCACGAAUACUCAUUUUAUCAAUUAUCUCAUUUUCUUAAAUUCAUUUUAUACACUACGUGUGAAAUCGUUGUUAUUGGCUAUACGUUUACGGCAGUACGAAGUAAUGUCUGUAGGAAAAAUAACGUAUUGGUGUCUGUGCCAAUUUAUUAGGUGUAUACUGAAAUCUUACUCAUCUA